AUGGAUACAUCAGCACUGUGGACCAGGCCCUCAGAGCCAGCAACUAUUCUGGCUUGUCUGGCUUGCAUCUCCCAAGAUGAUAAGUCCAGAACUAGAUGGCCCGAAUUUGUGGGUAGUUAUGCCUCCUGGUGGGCUUCUCACAUUUUGGACUGGCUGCGUUAUGGAAAGAAACUUCUGGUGGUGCACUAUGAGGAGUUGCAGGAGUCACUGGUGCCCACAUUACGAUCCAUCACUUCCUUCCUCAAUACCAGUGUCAGUGAAGAGCGGCUCCUCUGUGCUGAGUGCAACAAGGAUGGCCACUUCAAGCGUUCAGGUGUGCGACGGCCCACCUUUGACCCCUUCACCCCAGAUAUGAAACGGCUGAUUGAUGGAUACAUCAGCACUGUGGACCAGGCCCUCAGAGCCAGCAACUAUUCUGGCUUGCCAAAGGAGUAUCUCCCAAGAUGAUAAGUCCAGAACUAGAGUACAGGACUGUCUGUCUCGCUCAAGCUCCAGUGCUACAAACUAUGAUGCCCGGGAGAUAUUUUGAUACGUUAUUUCCUCACAUAUUGAGGUCAGAAAUAAUGCCAUAUGAUGCUGGUGUGCUUUGAGAUCGUCAUGUUUUAACGGCGGUAUGCGGAUCAGUCUGUAAAAGGAAGCAAAGUUGAACUUGGUGAGAAAUUAGGUUUGACAAUUGCUGACUUGAACUUGAGACUCAAAAACAUCUCUAGUCAGAGGCAAGUUAAGUUCUCCUUCCUCUUUUGGGAGGAAACUUGAGUGCUUAAUUACAUACGUCAACUACAAGUCAACAAGAGGCCUAAUAAACAACAGAUGUAAUUGCUUAUGUACUAAUCCGACAUGUACCGUAGAUGAUAAUGACAUGUCUACCACAAUGGCAACAUCAUUUUAUGACUAUAGUGACUUUUUGUAGGGACAAUUUAGACCAUUUACAAAGCUGAUAUCAUAAAU